UCAACUUUGGUUCAACAGCUUUAAACCUUCUUACCCCUAGACAAUUAACAAGAAAUAUCAAAAAGUUAUUUUCUUAUAUAAAAUCGUCUUAAGACGGUGAUAACAAGUAAGUCUACUAAGUAAUGCCGCUUGGUAACGUCGCAAAAGUUGCUAUUGGUUGAUGGCACAACCACAAAUGAGUCCAGCUGAACAAGCAAAAUUACAAAUGAUGCAGGAUCUCGAAAUUGAGAUGAUGAGUGACCUUUAUAACCGAAUGACAACAGCUUGUCACAAGAAAUGCAUCCCACCAAAGUAUGGUGACGCUGAACUUGGAAAGGGUGAAAUGGUUUGCAUUGAUCGUUGUGUAGCAAAAUAUCUCGACAUUCAUGAGAGAAUCGGUAAGAAACUCACUGCCAUGAGUGCUGCUGAUGAAGAUUUAAAGAAGAAAAUGUCGGGUGGUUAA